AUGCCUUUCAAGCGACCGCUGCUAAGCUCGCAUACAACUGAUGACUCUGAAUCCCAGUCGGAGUCUUCUCACGGCGGACCUUCCAAGCGACGCCGAGUCAGUUCACCAUGGAAGGACAAACCCAUUCUGGUGUACAUCUUACAGGCAAAAAUCCAUCCAGAAAUGAUGUCUGAGCUUGCCAUGCUAGUCGAGAACUAUAAAGUUGAGCGUGGUAUCAAGAGUCUUGAAGGGCCAACCAGUGGCAGCGUUAGCGAACUCCACCUUGAACUCACUGGCGAUGUUGAGAAGGCGGAUGUCAUUGUCACCGCAACUAACAUGAGGCAACGCUUGGAAAGGCACGUUGAGUGGAGAAUUGCGAAAACGAAGGCCAUCGUAACACCAUUAUGGCUUCAAGAUUCUGUGAAAUCCGGUCGGCCCGUUUCAUACGGCAGCUAUAUUGCAGUUCAUCACCUGGAAGACGAAACUUCGCGAAGUCACGACACUGUCCAAGACACCUCAUCUAGAAGUUCAUCCAGCAUGCCCUCUGAGGCAGAGAAGCAAACAGAACCAGCUGAACUCGUAGAUGCUACCGAAGUGGAAUUAUUGUCGCACACUGCGAAAUACAGUUGUCUACGACCGUCGCCACUUGUCUGCCCCAAUCAAAGUCUGGUAAAAGAAAUUGAUGUCAUUCGACAAGGCAGGAAUGUCGAAGGGGAGGAAAGGAGUAUGCUCAGCUACUCCAGGGCUAUUUCUGUCUGUUCAAUCUAUUUCAUCGUGUUGUAUAACACUCUUAACCCAUCGCGCCCAGAUCUCCACGGGCUACCGUUCUUGGGAGUGAAGAUCCUCUCAAUGAUUGAGGAGUUUCUAAAGACAGGCCAAAUAACCGAAGCGCAGAGAAUGUUGGCGGAUCCGCGGUUUCAGUCACUCUCUGCUUUCAUCACAAUACAUGGAAUCGGACCCCACACUGCUCGCCGUCUUUAUGACCUUGGUCUCCGCACGCUUGAGGAACUUGAACGAUAUUAUGAAGUUAAACCAGGCGUGUCUGACGAAGAGACAAUGCCACUACUUGAUGCUGAAGCAAGCGCGAAUAUAGAGGCUGCGGGAGAACAGUCGAUUAAGAUCGGGCUGGCUCUACGACACGACUUGGGCCAGACCAUUCCACGCGAAGAAGUAGAAGAAAUUAAUGGGACCAUCAUGCGAGAACUCGGCCACAUCCAGAAAGGGUGCAAAAGCGUGAUCGCUGGAGGUUACCGCCGAGGAAAGCCACAAAGUAACGAUGUUGACAUAGUCAUCACCCAUACGGAUUGGAACUUGGGGUCUCAGAAAGUGAAGGGUCUGUGUAGAAAGCUUGUGCAGCGACUGCAUGAACAAGAUCUUUCGGGAUUCCACGAACACAACGUGUUGCGCACUCAUCACUGGGACUCUUUAGAGAAGGCUCUAACUGUGUUCGUAUCGCGUCAUAAUUCAUCGCGGCAGAACGUUUACCGACGUGUCGAUCUGAUUUUUGCUGCACCGGAAGUAUUUUGGACUGCAGUAGUUGGGUGGACUGGGUCGACGAUGUUCGAAAGAGACUUACGGUUAUGGGCGAAGCAGCAAAAGGGGAUGAAAUUUGAUAGCUCUGGGAUAUCACGACGUCAUGAUUCCAAAUUGUACCAUCCCAGAACGGAACGUGAUGUAUUCAAAGUACUUGGACUAGUUUACAUUCACCCAACACUGAGGAACGCGGAUGCAUGA